UUUCCGUGACUUCUCGCUGGUCACUCGUCCGCCAUUUUGGUGGGUUGCAUUUUAUUGCUGAAAAAAUAUUUCUUGCGUGUUACUUAUUCUGCUGGAUUUGAUUUAUACAAUUGAAAUGGUUGCGACAUUGCGUAUGUGAUACUUCUAAGUGAAAACAUUGUGCUAAGAGAUGACUUGUAGUUAAACGCGUUUAAGGUUUAGCGAUUUCUAGGUACAAGCAACGUGAACAGCAACAAUGAGUGUCAUCAUUAGACUUCAGAACCUGCCAUGGUCUGCAAAUGCCCUGGACAUUAGGAAUUUCUUUCGGGGCCUCUCCAUUCCCGAAGGAGGCGUACACAUAGUAGGCGGCGAGCUUGGAGAUGCGUUCAUUGCGUUCAGUACGGACGAAGAUGCUCGGCAAGCAAUGAUGUUGGACGGAGGUAAAAUCAAAGAAAUUCAAGUAAAGCUCUUGCUCAGUUCUCGAUCUGAAAUGCACAAGGUAAUCGAGGCAGCGCGACAGAGCGUCCCACUGCUCAGUCUAGCGACCUCCUCCCCCGCGCCGGCGCCCGCGCCCGUCCCCGUGCCCUCGCCGGCAACGAUACCCCCCGUGCAGUCUCUCAGCAUACCCGGCCUCAAUCCAUUCUCUACCGCGCUCGGUAACAACCCCCUAGCAGGCUUCGGCAUUCCCGGUAUCGGUAAUCCUCAAGAGAUCCCGCAACCAGCUGUCAUUGAACCGCCUCCACCUCUCAUCAGCCCCACCUCAAAUAACACUCCCAAUGCCGAAGAAGAGAAAGAUGAUGACAAGGCAGAGAGAAAGCGCAGCAGGGAGAAGGAUAGGCGGAGAUCCCGGUCUCGCUCCAGGUCCCGCGACAGGGACAGGAAGGAUCGCAAGAGGGAUCGACGCGACAGAUCCCGGUCACGGGAGAGACGCCGCCGCGACCGCAGCCGUAGCAGGGACCGCCGCGACCGCAAGCGCGACAGGAAGGACCGCAGCCGCUCACGAGACCGCUCUCCGUCGCGUCGUUCCCGCGACCGAAGGAACAAUCAAACCAGAUCUCCAGAAAGUUCUCAGGAAAAGACAAUCGUUAUUCCAGAUGGGCCUUCUGCACCAGGUCCACCUUUUGGACUAGCAAAAAAUCCACUUAUGCCAAUGCCACAACAACAGACCAUAACCAACAAUAUCAUGCAAAACAGUCCGCUAGGUCGCGACUCUCAGCUACCUCGCUUCACCGAUGCCUCCAUGGCCGAUGCAUUUAAUAAACUGCAAGAACUCGGCAAAAAGCGUAAUCCAAAUGCAUUCCAGGGAGAGCAAAAUGGAGGUAGUAGGAUGCCGGCGCCCGCAAUGCGCGGCGGGCUGGGACGCGGCGGCGUCAACUUCCGACGCGACGGUCGUGCUAGUCGAUUUGGAGACAGUAAUGAGCAACAGCGGGACUGCUGCGUUGCUAUACGAAAUGCACCAAACCACACCAGCUACGGCGACGUCCGCCGUUUCUUCCCAUUCUUGAUUGACAAACACGGAAUUAAAAUGAUAAACGAUAAUAUGGGACGUCGUACUGGUAACAUCUAUGUCAGGUUCUGUGACCCUCGCUCAAAGCAACUGGCAUUGCAGCACAAGACCAAUGAGUUGAAGGGCGCUCAGGUACUUGUUGAAGCACUCGAUGAUGAAACUUAUGAGUCAGCGGUGGAUUCGUUUCUUCCUUACCGUGAAGAUAACGAUGAAGACGAUUCUAGUCUAGCUAUCGUUGAACCAGAAGAAAACCAACAGCGCUUUAACGUUCUUAAAUUGACAGAAUUACCUAAUUUCGUGAAAGAACAUGAUAUUAUAAAAGCUUUCAGCGAGUAUUCCCUAUUAUCCAUUAUGGUCAAUGACUGUCGUUUAACAAGGACUAAAGUUGCUUAUGUGCAAUUUGUAAAGCCUGAAGACGCAAAAUUAGCGUUAGACAGAAAGGAGAGAUAUAUUUUUGGUAGGAGGCAGCCGACAAUCGUGCCGGUUUCAGAAGAAGAUUAUGAAAAAGAGAAGACGAUGAGCGAUAAACAAAUGGAGCAGCCAGCCGAACCUCAGAAUGAAGUUCAGGUUCCACCAGAAGUGGCACCGCCACGCGACCCGCGUCAGCGACGACAAUUCGAAAAUGGCCCAGGAGGUCCUCCAGGAGGGCCAAAAGGAGGUCCACUCAUGCAAAACCAGCCGCAAGGAGUACCGUUCUUCACUCCACAAUUUCCGCAACAGCAAGGUUUCCCAGGACAGUUUCCCGGCCCGCAAUUUGGGGGAUUCCCAUCUGCCAAUCCAAUGGAUCCUCGAACAGCUGCUUCGAACUGGGCUAACCGACCUCAGUUUAAUAACCAAAUGGAUCAAAUGUCUAAGCCAAUUCAAAAUAAUGUAAUUUCUAACGACUUGGCGGACGAACCCCUGGACUGUGUAUUGAUGAAAGGUCUACCGAGAGAUGCUACGGACAGAACUAUUGUCACAUUCUUAUCUGAUACGAAAGCUGUGCCUGCCCGAAUACAUCUCAUGCUGGAUCCGAACGGAAUGCCGUCUGGUGAUUGCUUUUGCGAGUUUAGAUCGACACAAGAAGCGAGAAUGGCGACCAGUAAACACGGACAGAAUCUGGAGGGAUGUCGCGUGACUGUAGAUCUUGUGCCGCGGACUGUGGUCGAGGAAGCUUUGGAAGGUCCAAAGCCGCCUGAAAUGCGGGAAGGGCUUAUCAAUAAUGUGCCACAGCCGCAGUUCUUCGAUCCCAUGCAGGGCGGCCGCGGAGGAUUCCGCGGAGGGUUCAGAGGACGUGGCGGAUUUGACAGAGGAGGCUUUGACCGAGGCGGUUUCAAUCGCGGCGGGUUUGACUCGGGGCGUGGCAAUUUUAGAGGCCGAGGUAACUUUAACGACAGAGGUCGCGGGUUCGACAGAGGUCGUGGCCGCGGGAGAGGCUUCGGCCGCGGCGGUGUCGGAGGGGGCUUCGAUAACGGUCGCAUGGACGACGAACGUGAUCCCGCUCUUGAUGAUUUCGGUGCUCCCGGGUGCGUCGUGUCUAUGGAGAAUGUACCGUUCCGCGCUAGUAUAAAUGACAUCAUGAACUUCUUCUCGGAGUAUGAAUUGACACAGGACGACGUGAUCAGGCGGUACAACGAGCGCGGGCAGCCUACGGGCGACGCGCGCGUGGCGUUCCGCACGCCGUUCGACGCGCAGCGCGCCGUCAAGACGCGGCACAUGGACAUGAUCCACGACCGGAGGAUCAGCUUGUGUAUACUAUAGUGCAGCGCCGGGAGCUCCGGCUCCGACACAGAAUAGUUUGUAUCAGUGUGGAUAUGGAAAUACCCGACCGAGUGAAAGGACACUACCCACCGUGUGAAAGGGUACAUGGUAUUUCAAGUUUGUGCGUUGAGUUAUUGCAAUAAUGAUUGCAUAGAUGUGGUGGCGUAAAGGACAUUUUUAUAUAAUUAUCUAGGUUAUUAAAUUUAUAAUAAAAAUAAGUCUUAUGAAUUGAA